UCGCUUGAUACACAAAAACCCUCAGCCGCUUUAGCAGAGCAGCCCUCUUCGUCUUCUUCACUUCUUUUUCUUCCUCUCUUACUAGGUUUUGCCAGAGAAAAGCUAGAGAUGAGGUUGAUAACGCACAAUAUGCUUUCCUGCAACAUUAAAGGAGUCACCAAUGGGUUUCCUCUGCGGAUCGAAGCUGGGAACGUGAUUGAGAAGGAAGUCGAUUUCAAUCCCGAUUUUAUCAGGCACAUGUUCGCGAAGCUCGAGUGGAAAGCUCUCGUGGAAGGUGCUCGUUCCAUGGGAUAUGCAGAGUUACCGGAGGAUUCUCCGGAUGCGGCGGUGCUUGAAUCCGAUGAGUCUUUUCUUAAGAAACUCCACCACGCGUUGCUAGAGCUCCACCUUGAGGAAGGUGCGCUUGUUUGUCCUAAGACUGGACGGAAGUUUCCGGUUAACAAAGGAAUCCCAAAUAUGCUUCUCCAUGAAGACGAGGUUUAAAUUGAUUGGGAAAAAUUUUACUUGUAAGGUUUCGUUUAUGAUGUUCUUUUGGGGGGUUUUGUUAGGGUUUCUGGGUUUUUGCUACUGAUGUUUGUGAUGUGAACCCUUUUAGUGAGAUAUGCAAUUGAAUCAUCACUUUUCUUCGUUGUUGGAUCCUUUAGUUGUAUUGGUAGGGUUGUUAUCAGGAUAAUGAUGCCUGAUUGUGAGGAUUAUUUCGAGUAAUUUGGUCACUAAUCUAGUAACUUUUGGUGCGCA